AUGCCAUCACAAACAGGACUGAAGGAAUUGAAUGUCAAUCAUGGAUGGCCAAUGAUGGUGCUAUUACCCCUGGCCGGGCUUGCAAAGAUAUUUCAUUGGAACCCGACCAUAGUUCUCGUGGUGAAUAUCGUCGCCAUUAUAUUUUUGUCUGAGGCGAUAUCUAUCUCAUCCGAUGAGCUCGCUGCGCAUCUCGGAGAGUUGCAAGGUGCACUACUCAGUGCCACCUUCGGAAAUACCGUAGAGCUCACGGCAGGAAUUCUGGCUCUGGUUCAUGGCGAGAUCCUAUUUGCGCAGUCUGUCAUGGUUGGCAGUAUUCUCUCGGAUAUUCUGCUCGUCUUCGGCUGUUGUCUCGUCACAGCUUCGUACAACAAGGAAGUUUUAGAGUUCAACAGCGCUCUUGCAAAGACCUUGUCUUCUUUGAUGAUGAUCACAGCCGUGACGAUGCUUCUCCCAACGGCUCUCUACUCAACUUUCCCAGUAUCCGAGAUCGAUGACAGAGUGCUAUCUUUCUCACGAGGAACGUCAUUGGUGAUGCUCGCCCUCUACGGGGGUUACCUCUAUUUCUACCUCAGAACUCACAAACACCUCUUUCUUUCAAAUGAGAGUGAAACUAGUGACGAAGAAAAUUACGGAGAUUCAUCAUCUGCAGCCAACCAAGCCAGCUUGGCUUCAUCAAUUAUCCGAUUGACAACUGCAGUGGCCGCAACAGUUUUUUGCACAGAACUCUUGCUUGAAAGUGUGGGCGACAUGACAAAAACGUUUGGAGUCUCUGAAGUAUUUAUCGCGAUCGCUUUUAUUCCAAUCGCCAGCAAUAGCACCGAGGGAGUUACUGUCGUUACGGCAUCACGCACAGGAGACACAGACUCUGCAAUCCGAGUUAUCAUCGACAGUCUUUUGCAGAUUGGUCUGUUUGUCAUACCAUUAUUGGUGAUUAUCGGCUGGUGUAUUGCUGAACCGAUGACGCUUUUCUUUGACUCGUUCCAGACUGUUGCCAUGUUCUUGGCCAUUCUAGUGGUUAAUCAUCUACUUCGUGAUGGACAGUAUGCUUACAUCCAUGGUGUGAUGCUCCUUGCUCUGUACUCUAGUCUAGUUGUGGCGUUCUAUGCGCGCUAG